AUGGAGGGGAAGAGGCAGCUGUGUAAAAGGGACUUUGGCAAAAGACUCUCUCUGGACAGCAGUCUUGUGGAAUACAUGGACUCAAAUAAGUGCAUCGAGCAUCUGCUGACACAACUCAGGGAGCAACACCGAAGUCUCUGGCGGGAGAAGUUGGCUGUGGCCAGGCUGCAGAGAGAAGUUGCCCAAAGGACAAGCCAAGGGGCCAUGCAUGAGAAGCUGAUACAUGAGUUGGAAGAGGAGCGACAUUUACGGCUACAGAGUGAGGAGCGGUUGAGGGAGGUGACCCUGGAGUCAGAGCGCAACAGGAUCCAGAUGCGUGGCCUGCAGCAGCAGUUUUCCAGGAUGGAGGAAACUGUCCGAAGCCUGUUGCAGAGCCAAGGGUCUCCAGAGCAGAAAAGGGAAGAACCUGUCAAGAUCAUGACCUACCAGGAGAGAGUGCCUGAGGAAGAGAGAAAACACCAAGAAGCACUGGGUGAUCUCCAUGCAGCAGGAGACGAAGACUCAAGAAGUGAGAUCAGCAGUGCGGAUGAGGGAAAAGAAAACACCAGGCUGCUCUUAAAGAGACUGAAGGCUCUGGAGGCGGAGAAUUCGGCACUGGCGCUGGAAAAUGAGAAUCAAAGAGAACAGUAUGAGAGAUGUCUUGAUGAGGUAGCCAACCAAGUCGUUCGAGCUCUACUCACUCAAAAGGAUCUGAGGGAGGAAUGUGUAAAGUUGAAAACCAGAGUGUUUGACUUGGAACAACAGAACCGAGCGCUUAGCAUCCUUUUCCAACAGCGAGUCAGACCGGCUUCUGAUGUGUUCCUCCAGGGGGCAGAGGUCAAUGAAGAAGACGAACGAGAAGAUGAAGAAGAUAGAGUUGCUGACUCUGCACUUCAGAGCCAUGAGAUAGAAUCAAACUGCCAGAUGAGAACAUUGGACAGUGGGAUUGGAACCUUCCCUCUCCCAGACUCAGGAAACCGCUCAAUGGGACGAUACAUAUGCCAGCCGGGCUCCCCAGAGGACACCGAACCCCUCCCGCCUCUCCAGCCAGCCCCUUGCUUAGCUUCCUCUGCCAGAGCCCAAACCCUGGAACGUGAAGUGCCUUCCUCCACAGAGAGCCAGAACUCCUCUGAGUCCGCCAUCAUCCAUUCCAUAUCGGACCCCAGCAUGACGGCCAGAGGGAUGCGUCCGCAGAGUCACCUUCCCAAGCCCACCUCCUCAGGAAAAAACAGUUUCCAAAAGCAGAAUGAAGCAGAGUCAAAGACCCAGCCUGGCCCAUCAUUUGACUCUGCUGAGGAUGCAGUGGCAAGUGGGCCCCUUUCAGGAUGGAGAGGUGAAGAUGCUACCACUGAGACCCAGGAACUGAAACAAGUUGAAGAAACAAAAGAAGAUCCUGAGAAUAGAUUAUCUGAAAUUUCCCUGGAGUCGUUCAAUAAAUUUAACAGCAAUACUGUGAUUUUAUUAGGAACAGAGCAGUCUCCAAGCACGGUUAAAGGACAAGAGGAGGAGGAAGGCCAGAAGACAGACGUGCCAUCGGGUGACUCGGCCAAGCCUGGGGUGGACAACGUGGAGGCUCUCAGUGACUCUCUAUAUGACAGCUUCUCCUCUUGUGCAAGUCAAGGUUCCCAUGAUGCCUAGGGGAGCACCCCUCAGUGAGACCUGAGCACAGAGCUGGGGGUGCAGGGAGCACUGACUCCAGAGAAGCUGAAGGCAGCCAGCACACACGAGUUUACUCCCCUAGUGGACUGAUAAAUAUCGCCGCAACUUACUGUGUUUCAUGAGGAUUAAAAGCAAAAUAUGAUAGAGAA